GAAAGACAUUUUAAUGUGAGGUUAUACUUCACGAACAAAUUUUGGUGUAUUUACUUUUGGUAUAGUUUUUGAAUAUUUUUUCGUUCAAUGUCGGAAGAAGAAGUAAUCAAAAGAAGGCUUAUUUUCGAUGGUGACGGUACAGGAGACGAUAGACGUUUUAAUUUGAUGCUUAAAAUGAUAACGAAAUUGAUAAAUACGGUGGACGAUUCGCCGGAAGAUUGUAAACAACGAUACGAUAAAAUUUUAGCCCAAUUAUGUAUGAUCGAACAUUCCCGCAGUCGAUCAGAAUUAAUAACGAAAUCUAAUGAUGACCAAUUACUGAAAUAUCAACAAUUACAUGGCGAUUAUGAAGAUAAAAUUAAAAAUAUUAAAGAGGAAAUAAUUAAACAAAGAGUCGAAUUGGAAAAAGCGAAAACUAUAAAACAAAAUAGAAUAGAAUAUGAUUUAUUGGCUAAACAAAUAGCAGCGGAGCCUCCGAGGACUGAAAUGAAUAAACAACUGAUCGCUCUUCAGAAACAACUUAAAGAUUUGGGCGAGGAAAAACGGCGUUUGGUGCAUAAAUUGGACAAAAGGAAAAAACAAUUCAACGUUUUGUCGACAUCGGCGAAUCAAUUGAAAAUUUAUUUGAAUGAAGAUACAGAAACUGUGGAAAUAAACAGUUCAUUGGAUGACGUCAAUACAAACAGUCCUGAACCAAUGUCAGAGUGAAAGGAAUAGUUUACCAAAUAUUGUAAUUAUAAAUAUAUAUUUAAGUGCAAAAAUGUGAAUGUUUUAAUUACACAUUAUUAUUUAUAAUAAAGAUAUUUGCGAAUUUUUCGCUCAAUAAAUAAAUGCUUAUAAUGAA